CGCCAUUCCAUUCCAUUUGCGCCCUGUUUCUCUCGUUCGCCUUUCUUAGCCGCGCAAAAUGGUUCGCAAAUUAAAGUUCCACGAGCAGAAGCUGCUGAAAAAGGUCGACUUUAUUAAUUGGGAGGUGGAUAAUAACAUCCAUGAAGUCAAAGUGCUGCGAAAAUACCAUUUGGACAAGCGAGAAGACUAUACAAAAUACAACAAACUCAGCAGAAAUAUCAGAGAACUUGCCCAGAAAAUUAGAGACCUGGAUGAAAAAGAUCAGUUUCGUGUCCAAAGUACUGCAAAGGUCCUAGAGAAACUAUAUUGCAUGGGGCUGAUCCCCACCAAACAGGGUCUUCAGCUCUGCCAAAAUGUCUCUGCUUCUUCAUUUUGCAGGAGAAGACUUCCCACCAUCGUAGUCAAACUGAGAAUGGCACAAAACCUGAAGACAGCCAUCACAUUUAUUGAGCAAGGUCAUAUCCGUGUUGGGCCUGAAGUCAUAACUGACCCUGCUUUCCUGGUUACAAGAAAUAUGGAAGAUUUUGUCACUUGGGUGGAUUCUUCCAAGAUUAAGAAGCAUGUGAUGGAAUACAAUGAGGAGAGAGAUGAUUUUGACCUUGGCGUCUAGACCUUUCCAUCAUCCAGUCCCCAGAGGGAGCGCUGUACAUGGCUGGAAGAAGAACUGAUACUUGGGAGUUCCCAAAUGUAUCCUGAGCAGCCAAGCAAAAGACUGACAAAUGUAAAUUCUUCAAUAUGGACUCCAGUAGAAAAUGUUUCUCAGUGUACCCUGCAGGCACCUCCGGAUUCAAUCUCGACAGAGGACCAGGCACAUACACAAAGUACUGUGCUUCAGCCUUUCCUACAGACUGUGUGUUGCCCAAUGCUGAUACAUAGGAAAAGGGAGGUUACAUGGAAGUCCCUGUCACUUUUAUUACACUGGUUAUGUUUGUAUGUAUUUCCUCUUUAGCCGGCAGUUUGUUCAUUCAAACUUUUUAGACAAUGAGCUGAACAUCCAGUUUUGCCACCAAAGAAGCCUGGAUAAUGAAUGUGUGUAUGUUCCUUUCUAAAUAAACCAGAUUUAACCACA